CAAAAGUAUAAUCUGGUCACUUGGAAAAUUGUCAAUAUUAUGUAGUUCGAUAUUUCUUCCCAAAUUAUUCUCCAAAAUUAAAAUGUUUACAAAAUUACUUCCCAUUUUGUGUCUAUAUGGUGGCCGCAGAACUUACUCCAUGUGCUGCAAAGUCUACUCUAUCCCCAUAAGUAAUAAAACUUUCACUGGACCCUUGCUGAAGGCUCCAAACUAUUGUUUACAGGGAAGAGGUUUUGGAACCCAUAUUGUUAUUCGGCGUUCUAAUGACCGAUUCUUCAUCGACAUUGGGGAUCAGCGGGCUGAGUUAGUGUACUCCAUAAGCGAUGGAGUAAUGACCAUUAAGAGCACCCAGGUUCCGAAGGAGUUGGGAGGACACGGCAUCGGAAAGCUGUUGGCGAAGGCGGCACUGGACUUUGCAUUGCUAAAUGGGCAGUUCAUUGUUAUCAAGUGCAGAUUUGUCCAGCACUAUAUUGACAAAUAUGAGCCACAAUACGCGAAGUACAUAUUGAACUAAGAAUAAACAUAUUUUGAAUUUGUAAAAAGAAGCAAGGUAAAAAGAAAUCAAAUAAAAGGCCAACUUAGCCAAGGUGCUAAAUAAAUUAUGCUUAAGCUGUG